AUGGGUCAACAAAUGGAUUUCAUGGACAAGUUCAUUGCCGCCCACGACGUCCCGAAGGAAGCACUGGCGCAUUUCGCAGCCAACGACUUUACCAGCAAGUACCUCUCAAACCCUGUCUACCGCCCAAUCCCAACCUACUCCCGCGUCCUCAAAGAUGACGGUGAAGAUUACUUCUUCUCGCGAACCGUCGCUACCCCGACCACCAUCCCGUAUCUGGUCACCCUACAGUUGAAGGAUUUCCCCAUCGCCGAAGAAAGUCCCAAGGGCACAUUGAAGACAGGCCAAGGCCACAAGGCGGUGGUGAAGGUGCCCGAGAACCCAGACUGUAUCAUGCUCCUCCACCUCGGCCGCCCAGGUGUUGACGGACACCCUACCACGCUCCACGGCGGAGUGGCCUGCGCCAUUCUCGACGAGAUGAUGGGCUUGUGCGUCAUGCUACACCACCGGCAUCUCGAGGGAGCCCGAGAGUCCCUUUACACCGCAGGGCUGAACGUGACAUACCGCGCACCCGUACCGACGCCCAACGACGUCAUUGUCAAAUGCUGGCUCGAGGGAAGAGAAGGCCGCAAGUGGAAGUCAAGAGGCCAAAUCGUCAACAAGGAUGGCCUAGUCAUGACCGAAGCAGAAGGGUUAUGGGUUCUGGCCAAAAACGAAGCCAAGUUAUAA